CCAACAGAUCAGAUAAUAACCCAGCAGCUAGGCUAUUAAGUUAAAUCAAUUCAGCAUGGGAAGCAAUGCACCGUCACGGCCGGUAGCGGAGGAAAACCUUCUCGACGACGGCGGCAUGUCAAUUGGUGCGGUUGCGGCGAUUCCAUCACCACCGCCGCUGCCGUACGACGGGCAUGUCUGCGAGACUUGCGGGGCGGUGUUCCCGACGGAGAGAGCGAUGUUCGGGCACCUGCGGUGCCACAGGGAUCGCGGGUGGCGUGGGGCCUACCGCCCGCCGACUUUCAGCAUGGAUGAGUUCGCCGAGUACAAGCACCUUCUCGUGAAGUCCGAGGAGGAGCAGAUGCGUGAAAUCGAGGCCGAAAGAGCCCUUGCCGCCGGUCUGGUUCUCGACCGUCAGUCGCCGCCGGCAAGUGAGGAGGUGGCGCCGCCGCCGAAGAAGAAGAAAGCCGUCCUGGACUGGGACUGGGAUUUGAAUGUGCCACCGCCGUUUGAAGAAAGUGACACCGAUGAUGAAGCGUGGGAUUCCGGCUCCGACGUUGACCAGAAUUGACCCCGAUCGGGUCUUGUCGGAGUAUUACUAGUAUAAUAAUAAAAACAACUCUGAGUCUUUGGUACUCUGAGGGUAUUUUAGGAUUUCGGGGUAUAUAUAUGCUUUGUUAACUAUACCCUAAUGAUAAUACUCCGUAAUAAUAAUUUGCUUUGUUUUGUUUUUAACUAGCUAGAUUUGUGUCAAAGCCGUUAGCCGUUUCUGACUUUCUUCAUGAGUUAUAUUUUUAUCCGUGGCAAUGUCGAUUAAUCUGUGCGUAUUCCGUGCGCAUUAUGUGUCAAUUUAUAAUGUUACUUUUUGUAAUGCAUGGUAUUCUAUGGUCCGGG